CCCUCGGGGAGGCGCCCCGCCAGCCCGCCCGGCCCCAUAGCCCGGCGCCCCGUGCCAGCCCAGUGAGGGGCCGCGGCGGCCGGGCCGGGCUGGGCAGGGCGAGGAGGGUAGAAACUCUCGCUAUGCUGCCCAGCGCCCUUUACUGGGACCUGGUGGGCUCCUCGGCUCUCCUCAACCUGCCGGCGGCGCCGGGCUUCGGCAACCUGGGCAAAAGUUUCCUCAUCGAGAACUUGCUGCGGGCCGGGGCUCCGAGCCCUGCACAACUCCGUCCCCUCCCCGCCAACCCCGUGCCCCUCAAGCUGUGCCCCGCGGCGGAACAAAUCAGCCCCUCAGGGGGUCCCUUCCCGGCAAGAUGGGCUUUCCAAGUGCUUAACCCCUCGGCGGCGGACGGCGGCCGCCCGCCAGCGCGGGCCGCGGCGGCGGAGAGAGGCGGCAUCUUCCCGCCGGCAGCCACAGCUCUUUCCAAACACUUUUUUCUCCGAGCCCCGCCAUUCUACUCAGCAUGCUGCGGUGGGUCCUGUCAGCACCCUGCAUCCCCCACUGCUUUUCCAAGGGAGGAGAGUGUGCUGCCUCUUCUGACCCAGGAGUCUAACUCCAAAUCCCGGAGAGGCAUAUUAAGAAGAGCUGUCUUUUCUGAAGACCAGAGGAAAGCUUUGGAGAAAAUGUUCCAGAAGCAGAAGUAUAUUAGUAAAACAGACAGGAAGAAACUGGCCCUUAACCUGGGUCUAAAGGAGUCUCAGGUGAAAAUCUGGUUUCAGAAUCGAAGGAUGAAAUGGCGAAACUCCAAAGAAAAAGAAGUGCUUUCUAACAGGUGCCUCCAAGAAGAAGGUCUUCAGGAGAACUACCUCUCACGAUCCACCAUGAAUUUUACCUCCCCAUGCCCAUCUGUGUGGGAAAUGUCUGAAGAGCGGGCAAGUCCAAGGUGGAGGGAGAAUUCUCCAGGAAAUCCUGAAAGACUGAAUACUACACAACCACCUCCAAGAGCAAAUUCACUGCAGAGCCCGCUCCAUUUGUAUCCUGACCAAGACACGGCAAACAAGGCAUCAUCAAGUGUAAGGGAGUAGGGGCAGUUUGUAAAAGGAGUGGGAGAAUGCAGGCUUCAAAUGAGCAGUCUUUUAAGAUUAACAAUAUUUGAACAUUGUAAAGCUAACUAGUUUAUGCUUCAAAAAUAUGCUAAAGUCUAACACCAUUAAAAUUACAAACAAC